UAGAGAGUGACGCGCAUGCGCACUGUAAGGAAACGUCAUCUUUCCGUUGAAAAGGCAACUUGCUACGUACGUGGCUCUAUUCUAGCAAAGUUAGCUGACCAAAUCGGUUAGAGUGCUCCCGAAGUAUUAUAAAGAAGCUCAUUUAUUCGCAGAGCCAGAGCCUUCGCGAUCACCAUGGAUCAAGUAAUGCAGUUUGUAGAACCCAGUCGUCAGUUUGUGAAGGACUCGAUAAGACUAGUGAAGAGAUGCACCAAACCAGACAGAAAAGAAUUUCAGAAGAUCGCCAUGGCUACGGCAAUUGGGUUUGCCAUCAUGGGCUUCAUUGGCUUCUUUGUCAAGCUGAUCCACAUUCCCAUUAACAACAUCAUUGUGGGUGGCUGAGGAAGUCACUGCAAGAAGCUGAAUCUCCACAUUAAAGCUGGACAGCUGGGAUAGGCUAGGGUUUAGUCAUCACUUGUAUAUGUGUACUUGGCUGUGUAAAUAAAUAAAUUGAAACAUUUGCUUUUA